CCAGUCGCUCUUACAGCCCAUUCCACUACGCUGUCGACUGAAGCCCUACAUACUCGGAAGUAUCGAUAUGGAUCCUUCGAGGAUAAAGUCUUUUUUGUCAUUUCGCUACACUAUAGAGUGACUACAGCUUCGCCGUACAAGGAGAGGCUGCCCCAACAGCACCUGAAUUAGAGACGAAUUGCACCCCACCGCUACAAAUGUUGUGUUUCGGUCCUACAUUGCGCAACGAUGAAUCAAAAAGCACAGCGUUAUUAGAAAGAGACCUUCAAUUUAGGUACAUGCAACGGAACCAGGAACCCUAUUACCCAAGACAGCCGACAUGGAUCCUUCUACGCACACGACCUGCACGAAGGAGACGGUCAAGCCUAGCGGACUCAACAUCUGGUCGAGCGAGUCUGCAUCCGGAUCUGCCCCAGAAAUCGAUAUCAUCCUUGUCCAAGGACUAGGCGCUCAUCCAUUCUACACGUGGGUUAAAAAAGCUCCAGCACCAGAAGUGACCGCACCAAGGAGGUUAAGGGAUAAGGCGAAGGUCUGGAAGAGACGGACACGCGACAGAAAUGGGGAAGGCAGCUCAGCGGAGGUGAUGUGGCCUCGAGACCUACUUGUGCCUCGCUUCCAAAAUGCGCGCAUUGCUACAUACAGCUACAAAUCCGACUGGAAAGAUCGCAACGUGAAGACCAGCUUGCGCGAGUGCGCUGAACAGCUCCUGAAUGUAUUGUUCCAGCAUAGGCAGCAUGAGCAUGAACGUCAGCGACCGCUCGUUUUGAUCGGGCACAGCUUUGGAGGCCUUGUCAUCCAACAGGCGCUCGUCAUUGCCGUCCACCAGAAACCAUUUGCAGAUAUACGCCGCUCUGUCGGAGGCAUUAUCUUCCUUGGGGCGCCUUUCCAGGGAAGUGAUGUAGCCGUAUACGGGAAAUGGCUCGCUCAGGUUGGUGGAUUGGAUCCUACGUUGUUGGAGUCACUAGUCAAGGACUGCCCAAGCCUCCAUGCUCUAUCAAGAGAUUUCUGGGGCAGUUAUAGUAAUUGGGAUAUUGUGUGCUUCUAUGAGAACAAAGACUUCGUCUGUGGGCCUUGGAAAACACGUUUCGUAGACGCUCAAUCAGCUAGUCUACUCGGAGAAAGGAUGAUGUACUUGAAUACCGACCAUUCCGGACUGAACAAAUUCAGUGGAGAGGAUGACAGUAACUAUGCAUUGCUGCUCCCAGAGAUUGAACGGAUAGUAAGGGAGGGACCAUCAGUCGUACUCAACCGGCAUCGUAGAAAUGAUCAAUAUGACUCCCUUGGAAACAAACACUGGAUGGUCCCUCGCGCUCUUAACACCUUAUUUACCGGACGCAAGGAUUUGCUGGGACGAAUACAAAAUGCCUUCCUCAGUGACCGCCCUUCCGACCAUCAUACGCAGAGGACAUUCGUGAUUACUGGUCUAGGAGGACUAGGAAAGAGUGAGGUCACCCUACACGCUGCGAAUUUGAUGCGAGAGGAGUUCUGGGGAAUCUUCUGGGUAGACGUCGACACCCCUUCUCUCGCCGAAAGCGCCUUUAUCAACGUUGCAAAAAAGAUAGGAUCAUCGUCAUCGGUUGAUAAGCUGCAGGACGCGCUCCAAGUGCUUGCAAACACUAAGAAGAGCUGGCUUCUUAUCCUCGAUAAUGCUGAUGAUCCAGAAUUCGACUACCAGAAGUACCUCCCGUCUGGUACUCACGGUGCCGUGAUCAUAACGUCCCGUGUCUCCGAAUGCAGCCAGUACAAUACAGUUGGAUCCGAAGCACUUUUAGGUCUUGAUAUACCAGACGCCAAAAAGCUCCUGCUCAAAUCCGCGAAAAUCCAUGAAGACCUACUCUACGAUAGCCACGCGGAGGAAGUUGUCAAUCUACUAGGAUCGCAUACCCUUGCACUAAUUCAGGCUGGCGCAUACAUAGCGAACGGUCACAGCCGGUUGGAAGAGUACCCCGAAGUGUACAAGCGACAGCGCAAACGACUACUUGAGUACAAGCCGAAGCAGGGGCAGUCGAGAUACUGCAACGUGUACGCCACGUUUGAAGCAUCUGCCGAUAUUCUAGAGCGUUCUAACGACGAAGCUGCGAAAGAUGCUCUGCGUUUGCUCGAAGUCCUAUCAAUGCUAUACUCCGGUAGUCUUCCUAUGCAAAUCUUUGAAGAUGCAUGGACAGGUUGCAGGGAGAUUCUCCGUACGCCGUCCGUAGAAACUAGAGAUAUGGAUAGUCUGUCCCGUGAGCACAUCUCUCGACUACCCGAGUUCAUAUCCACGCCCGCUGAUGCCUGGGAUCCCUACCGUCUCAUCGAAGCGAGUUCUUUACUUGCAUCCCUCUCUCUGGUUACAAAAGAUUCCUCCGGGUUGUCCAUGCAUCCUCUCACACACGCCUGGGCUAAAGAUCGCCAGGCGUCGGACCAGCAGGGGCAUUCUUGGAUCAGCACAGGAUGUAUUCUUGCCCUAUCCUGGUCCGAAUCUACUCUUUCGCAGAGCGAGGAGAGACAACUACGACCACAAGUGCAGUCUUACCUCGAUAUAGAAGUCAACGCAGCCUUCUCGUUCGGGCCUGAGACUAUGGUGAUCCCGAUCUUUCUCCAGUGCGGCUGGAUCCUGGACAAAAUGCGAGAUGAUUCUAGACUCGGUCAUCUUCUAGACGACUUGUUUGCUAAACUUCAUAUCGACCCAAAAAUUCCAUCGCAGGAGUAUUUACCGAUCUAUAAUCUCGAAGCAAGGAGCUUAUACAAUCUAGGGCGACAUGAGAGGGCCGUGAAGCUGCUAGAGCAGAUUGUUAAGAUUGAAGAAACCCUCGCGGAGGAUCACCCAGAUCGGCUGGCAUCGCAGCACGAGCUUGCCCGUGCUUACGAGGCAAAUGGGCAAAUUUCGGAGGCCGUGAAGCUGCUAGAGCACGUCAUCAAGAUUGAAGGAACCUCGCUGGCAGAGGAUCACCCUUCUCGGCUGGCAUCGCAGCAGGUGCUUGCCAGUGCUUAUCAGGCGAACGGGCAAGUUAAGGAGGCUGCCGUAGAGCUGCUAGAGCACGUUGUUAAGAUUAAAAGAACCACGCUGGCGGAGGAUCACCCAGAUCGGCUGGCAUCGCAGCAUGCACUUGCCUAUGCUUAUCAGGCGAAUGGGCAAGUUAAGGAGGCUGUAAAGCUGCUAGAGCACGUUGUUAAGAUCCACAAAAUUACGCUUGCAGAGGAUCACCCAGAUCGGCUGGUAUCGCAGCACGAGCUUGCCAUUGCUUAUAAGGCGACUGGUCAAGCUCCAAAGGCUGUAGAGCUGCUAGAGCACGUUGUUAAGAUUAAAAGAACCGCAUUGGAAGAGGAUCACCCAGAUCGGCUGGCAUCGCAGCAUGCGCUUGCCAGUGCUUAUCAGGCGAAUGGGCAAGUUAAGGAGGCUAUAAAGCUGCUAGAGCACGUUGUGAAGAUCCGCAAAAUUACGCUUGCAGAGGAUCACCCAGAUCGGCUAGUAUCGCAGCACGAGCUUGCCCGUGCUUAUAAGGCGAAUGGGCAAGUCCCGAAGGCCGCCGUAGAGCUGCUAGAGCACGUUGUCAAGAUCAGACGAUCCAAGCUGUCCGACAAUCAUCCAGAUCGAAUUGUAUCCGAAGAGUGGCUGGCCUACUGCUUAGGACAGGUAUAA